AUUUUAGGAAAACGCCAUUCUGGAGAGAAACUUCAAACCGAAGGUACGCACUCAGUAUGCGGGAACUGUUUCACGGAUUUCAACAUGAUUCGCUUGCUGAGCGAGAAGUAGUGACGUUGGUCAAAUAUUGACGCUUGCCAACUGUCACCUUUUUAAAUUAGAGAUUAGCACUUUCCUAGAGAGUAGAGUUGGACCCAAGCUAGCACGUUGUAUUGAGUUUUCAAGAAACGAAACAAAAAAGUAUCAACUGGACAGGAAGUGUCAGAAAAAUCUUCUAGCAAGGGCGGGAAAGAAUCCACUAUGAAUCCUGGAUUUUCUAAAGCAGAAUUAGCAGAAACAAAAUAUCCAAAGCGAGGCAAGUCAUAUGAUGUUAACCACACUUCUGACGGUCAGACUGCUCAAGUCUCGAGUCAGAAAGCAGAGAUCGAGAAAACAUGGAAUAAAUUUGUCGAGUCGUCCACUCUUCACGGUUUGCUUCACGUCUUCUCCAGCUCAACCAGAACGCGUCGCUUUCUAUGGGCUGUGCUUCUUUUGCUAGCAAUGAUGUGGUUUUCAUUUCAGUCCUUCAAGUUGAUUGAGAAGUAUUACAGGUACCGAGUCACGACAAAAGUCAGUUUGAAAUACGACCCCAUGCCGACUUUUCCAGCGGUGACUAUCUGCAACUUCAACGUGUUCAAAAGGUCUGUGGUUAGAACGUCAGCGUAUGAAGAAAUUUUGCCCCAAAUUCAUGCAUCCGUUGUUAAAAAAAUGGGCUUGCCCGAAGUCAAUGAUAGCUUUGACUUAAACAAAUAUCAUGAGUUAAACCUCACACAGUUUUACAUCGAUGCAGGACACCAAAGCAAUGAUACUGUUGAACAUUGCAUUUGGGACGGAAAACCGACCUGCGAUCACAGGAAUUUCACGUCCGUGUUGACAUCAAUGGGACUUUGCCACACUUUCAACUCAGGUAAAUUUUAA